CAGGCCUCUGCUUGUUUUUCCAAACACGAGGAAGGACAAAUACUUCAAAGGAAUUUAAUCUUCUUUCAAACCCUUUUAUUCAAACAUUUCCUACCUUUUCCCCUUAAAGUUCAUUAAUAUAGUUCUCCUGAUACACCUUAGUGCACAGAAACCUCGUUUAUAAGCAACUGUUUAUCGCUUUUUUUGCUACAAAACUCGACCUGUAUUUUCUGGAAAAUAUUCGACAAAAAUCAAGAUGUCAGAAAACUCUUCUUUGGAAGUUAUUGCGGAAUACGAAGAAUUGUUUGCUAAAAGGUACACAGAAGARGAUGCAGAGUAUAUGAAGACGGUUGAAAAGACAGCUGCACCUCCUCCUUGCAUUCCUGAUUGGCUACAGUACCAGUACAGUCGAGAUUAUCAGGGUGGCAGAAGAGAUCGUCGUGAUGAAGGACAAAAUCNCUAUGGUGAUAGGUAUCACCCAUAUCAAAGAUCAGAUGACAGACGUGGUGGUGAUCGUUAUGGUGAUCGCUAUGGCAACCGACAAGAUGACAGAUCAAGGCACGAUCACAGGGACCGUGGACGUAAGCCAGCGACACAAUAUGGUUCUGAUGGAUUUUAUCAGUAUUAUUAUUGAUUAUUCGUUUGAUUAAUAAUAAUACUAUACUAUGACCAUAAUAUACAUACCUUGAUAUAUCUUUUUGUAAAAAAAAACUUGUUUUAUGAAGCUGACUUUCUCAUUCUCCAUUAUUUGAAGAAAUACAGGAUUCAGAUAGAAGAAGUCAUAAAAAAUUGAAUUUGGCCAGUGAAAAGUCAGUAAAUUCUAUUUUAGCAGGAAAUAUUGGAAUCCCUUUAAUAUCAAACAAGGCUUUUUUUUAAGUUUCAACUUUUGAAAUAUUGGUAGAUGAGAAAGAAAAAAGAAUCAAAGGGAAGGAAGGGAAAGAAAGGGAGGGAAAGGGACAAAAGAGAAAUGGGAAACGGAAACGGGAAUGCAAUAGGAGAAUAGUAAUUUUGUAUUUUAAGCUUUUUACCCUCUCUUUCUUAUCCUUUCAUUUCCUAUUUCUUUCUAUUUCUUUUUUUUCUUCCCAUUUUACUGUUACAACUCAAGCAAUGUAUUAAUACAAUACAAUAAAUACAAUAGUGCCAUCUCAUCUAGCUUCUCAACUUUAGUAUUUCCAUACGAGCAUAAUCAGCCAAGAACUUUUAAUUUAAAAACCCUGAGAUCGGAUUACCUGUGGUGUCAUUGUCGCUUGUGCAUCAGAAAUCCCACCUUUUGUUUGUAAACAAACUAUUGCUAGAGAUUUCUGGUUAAAUAUUAUUCCACUGUUCUUAUUCGCAUGUAAAGACCAACAACUAGUGAACAAAAUUUUCUUUAAAUAAAUAUCGUAUUUGCAGUUACAAGAGAUUUCAGGUUAUAUGUUCUUCCACUGUUCUUAUUCAUUUGUAAAGACCAACAACUAGUGAAAAAAAGUUCUUUAAAUAAAUAUCGUAUUUGCAGUUACAA